AUGUCCACGGCAAUGAAGUUUGAAUUCUUACCAAAUGAAAUUUUCAUCGACUGUUUUGAAUAUCUUAAUGCACCAGAUUUAUUUAGGGCUUUUGAUGGAUUAAAUUAUCGUUUUCAAAAGUUGAUUACAAAUAUUCCAUUGGGUUUGAAUUUUCAACAUAUUAAUAAAUCAAUGUUUGAUCAAUUCUGUGAUCGAAUGAUAGCAAAUCCAGGAAUCAAAAGCAAAAUUGUUUCAUUAAAAUUAUCGAAUGACAAUGAUACAUGUGGUGAAAUCAAUAGUUUUCUUUCAUUAUUUUCAUUAAAUGAAUUUCCUAAUCUUCAAUCAUUAACUUUAAUUGAAAUCGAGAGAGACGAAAUGGAACGAGUAGCAUUGAUGUUAUCAUCAUUAUCUAACCUGCAUUAUUUUCAUUGUCAUUCAUUUGUGUACAUCAUAGACACAAUCGUAACAGUAUUGCCAACGUUAAAAGAAGUAAGAAAAUUAACUCUAAGAGAUUUCUUCACACGUCCCCUAUCCACGCUGGAAUCAACAUCAAUCAAAUAUUUAACAAUGUAUCUUUGUGAUGAAGAUCGAAUUAAUAUAUUAUUCAAGUUUGCACCGAAUUUGAAAUAUUUCAAUAUCGAACUCUUGAGAAAAAGGUCUGAUGCCGUGGAUCAAAAUUAUAAAGGAAUUUAUACACCAGCUAAUUCUUUAAUUCAAUUUCAUUUAAAUGCUGUAUCUGGUAUGAAUUUUGAUGAUAUUGAAAGGUUAUUCAAACAAACUCCAAAAUUGAAAAUAUUAGCAUUAUCAAUCGAUUGUCCCAAUAUUGAAACAAUCAAUACUGAUCGUUGGCAAAAUUUAAUUUUAUCAGUAUUACCUCAUUUAAAGGUAUUCAAAUUUGAUUUUCAGGUUAAUUUAAGCGGUGAAGAAAUAAAUGGUAUUCAUAAUAAACUCGAACAAUUCCAGAAUGAUUUUUGGAUUAAACAACAUCGUUGGUACACUGCUUAUGAAAUAAUAGGUGAUAAAGUAUAUAUUUUUACUAUACCUUACUUUAAAAAAAAAUUUACAUUACCAUAUGGUACACAGUUAUUUUAUAAUAAUAAUACAUCGAUUGAUAAAUCAAAAUUAUUUGAUAAUGUUAAAGAAUUAACUUUAUGUCUAAGUCCAAUAUUAAAAUACUCUGAUAUAACUUUUUCAAAUGUAGAAUCAUUACAACUGACAACAACAACAUCUGGAUUGAAUGCAAAAGAUAUCAGAUCUUUCGACGUAACAGAUUUUAUAGAAUACUUAAAGAAAAGUAUAAAUUUAUCCAAGAUAAAACAUUUACAGAUCAAAAGAAUGAAUGGAAUGCAAAUUGAAUUAAUACUAUUAGAAAUAUUUGAAAAAUCGCCAUACUUAUCAUCAAUGUCAAUCUAUAACGAGGAUUUGAUCAAAAUACUUACUAAUGCUGAUUUAUGUGGACAUUUUAAUAAAAUGAUAACAAAAUUAGAAAUUCAUGGAAAUACUUUUUAUUCGGAGAUAGUAAAAGAUAUUUGUCAAAAAUUUUCUAACCUUGAACAACUCAAUUGGGACAUUAGUAAAUGGAAUCUCAUACCCAUUUUAUUUAAUCAAUUACCUAAACUAUCAAAUUUUAGUAGUGUUACUGUGUUAUCUUUCAAUAAAAAUAAUCGAAUUCAACUAAAAGAGUAUCUAUCAAAAUUAAAUGGAAACUUUAUUUUUUAUGGAGAUGAACAAGGACUAAAUACAUGGAUUAACAGACAUUAA